GUGCUUGUAGCUUGUAGCUUCGCUGGCCUCGCCAGCUUUGGCAUCGUAGCAUCGUAGUGCUUUGUGAGCUUAUUUUACUUCAUGUGUCGCGUGUUUGAGAGGUGCUGAGCUGACUGAACUAUCGCCAAUUAUCGCUGUCAUGUAUCGUUCUUGAUCAGUCCGUUCUAGGCAUAGUUUUGGGGGACGGUGAACUCUACUUUCAAUCAUGCUGGUUCAAGACGUCGUAAGUUGCAGUUUCUCAUCGUGGUACGCGAACUUCAAAAACGCAACCAUACCUAGCAUUUGCAUCCCAGUUACAAAAGAAUUCGUCGACUACCUGCUCUCGGACGGCAUUGUUCUUCCCGGGAAGGUACCUGCAUCACAAAGUUGCGCAAAUGAUUCUGAUGAUGAGGUUACUUGGUGUAUACACCAAGUUUUGCCAUACAUGCCAAGUUUCCUCCUCUCCUCCAUGUUGCACAGUCUUCUGAGUCGCACGUGCAGUGAGGUUGACUGGUCUGAAGCAGACUGUGAAUCCAGUGAGAUUCCCAGCUUUCCCGACCUGGAAGAGAAAGUGUCUCGGGCCAUAGAGCGGCUGGGGGGUCGGGUGUUUCCGAAGCUGAACUGGAGCAGCCCCAAGGAUGCUAGCUGGAUUGCGACCAACAACAGUCUCUGCUGCACCUCUUUCUCGGAUGUCUGCCUCCUCCUCAAGAGCUCGGACUUUGUUACCCACGACCUCACACAGCCGUUCAAGGCUUGUACAGAUUGGCGCAAGGACACGGACACGGGGCACCUUUUCAAGUAUGAACUCGUCCUGAGGAAGUGGGUCGAGAUUGACCCUAGCACGGAGUUUCGUUGCUUCGUGAAAGACUCCGUCCUGAUCGGCAUCUCACAGAGGGACUAUACUCACUAUUACUACCACAUUCAAGAACAGGAGGCUAAUAUUGUUCAAGACAUUUCAACCUUCUUUCACGAGUGUGUAAAGUCCAAGUUUGUCUCCUCCAAAUAUGUUUUUGAUGUAUAUAGAAAGCGCAAGGAUACAGUCAAGCUUCUCGACAUUAACCCGUUUGGUGUUCAUACCGAUGCCCUGCUCUUUGACUGGGAAGAGCUGGACAGCCUCGAAGCGUGUGAGAAUCCCGGCUUUCCCGAAUUUCGAUACAUGAAAGAAAACCAUGGAGUUCAGCCAAGCCCAUAUAGGCAUUAUGCUUUGCCAAGGGAUGUUGUGGAUUUGUGUGCUGGAGAAGAUGCUCAGAAGCUGAUUGACCUCAUGAAGCUUAAACCCGGUGAAGAAUCUUCAGAAGACGAAGACUGCCACCAAGAUGCAAGCUCCUGAUAGUUUUAUACACAAGGGGGUAAAUUUUACAAUAAAAGGGAUACUUUCGUGUUA